GGGCGCGGGUGUUGGCGUCGAGUGAUGGGGGUGGAUGGUCUGUGUCGUAUUGUGGUGGUUCAGCAAACCAGUUGCGGAACUCGAGCGCCAUUAUAUCAAAGAAGUAUGAUGUUGAAUGUGUUAAGAGAGCAGGAAGAAGACUGCGCUGUGGGGGUUUUGAAGUAUGGGUUUAGGCUGCAGGCGAGGACGUACUCCUGAUUGCGUUACUCGUAUACGAGACAAGGAUUAUCGAAGAUACGAAUGGUGUCAUUUAUCUGACCUAAACCCCUUUGCUCGUACAUAAUUAUGAAUUUGAGCUAAUCGAUGAAGACACCAGAUGCCUUCAAAUAGAUAUGAAAGCAGAGCUGACGUGGGUCCGCGUAUAACUGCACACAGUUUAAGAUGGCACUCCUUGCGACCGAACCACGACCCACUACCUCCAAGACUUCGACAACAACACCAUGAUCGGACCGGAAUACCUCCAGAAAAACCACGCGACCGGGGAUCCGCCGCCAUUCGGAGCUGUCGACGAUGUCCAGACCGUCUACUUGAGCGGUGAGGCGGAUGCUGUCGGCGACGUCCAGCCGGAUAACUGCCCCACGAUCAUGGUUGGCAGUGCGAAUCCAGCUGGGGAUAGGAUUAAUGGGUGGAAAGAGAUUCCAAGGGUAGCAGGGUUUGACCUGAAGAGGCUGGUUGUGGACGAGACGAAUGCUACUCUGCCGUAUUAUGUCGAAAGCACCAAGGACCUGGCUAGCAUAAAACGUGUUGUUAUUACCAUGGCUGGGUUGUUGAGAAAUUCAUGGAAGUACGCGAACAGCAUGCGAAACUCUUUAAUCUGCGCCGCUGGAAGAGAUACCGUCAACGCCGAUAUAGACAGCGUCCUGAUUGCUGCUCCGCACUGGCUCAGCAAAGAAGACGUCGACGCUGGAGCUGCCCAGCCAAGUGAUAUUUUCUACCACGGGAGUACAUACCAGAGAGGCCAUGCAGCGAUUGGCCCUGGCGAUGUUGAGGUCUCGUCCUAUGAAGUCAUGGACAAGCUUGUCAAGACCUUCUGGAACAAGGAUGUUUAUCCUUCGCUCGAGAGUAUCGUGAUAGCAAGCCACUCCCUCGGCGCCCAAAUGACCCAACGCUACGCCAUGCUCCGCCCGUCUCAAUCCGAAGACCCCUUACUCUCCUAUGGGGUCAUGAACCCCGGCUCCGUUGCCUGGCCUGUCCCUGAGCGGCCUUCCCAGGCUGAAGAAUGCACAGACUCCUACGACGCCUGGCCAUACGGAAUCGGGCCCGGCAAGCCAAAGGCAUUUCCAAGGUAUGUCCGCGAGGAAGCCCUUAAUAACCGGUCCGCCGUUCUGCAGCGGUAUAUUUCGCGGAAUAUCUUCUACGGGUUUGGAACUGCGGACCAUGGUGCGGGGGAUACGCACUGUGAGGCGCAGUGGCAGGGGGCGACGAGGAUAGAGCGUGGACGGAAUUUUGAGAAGAUGUUGAAUGAUCUCCCUGGAUGGUUUCCGGGGAGGCAUUCGGUUGAUUAUAUUGAGGGGGUCAGUCAUGAGGAUUAUUACAUGAUGCUUGCGGAGUCUAUGCAGAGGAAGUUGUUUCUUGUCUAAUAGACUUGCUUAUAUUACGAACCAAG